AUGCUUCGUGACCUACAUGUCCUAGGAGGGUCAUUCGGCUUAGAAACGCAUGACAAGGACUGCAGGGUUGACUUGAAGAGUGAGUACGGGGGAUCGUGUGUUAUUGAGGAUGUCGAGGUAUCUGACCUCAUGCUCGCAGCGCAGCGCGUCUUCUUCCUGCGUCGCAUACUCCCGCCAUUCCGACCCUCAUUUCUCGUUGUAUCGCGGCAGGUGCUUUGCUUCCUUGCAUUGAGUGCCCUGAUUCAGGCCUAG